GGAACCGCGGCAACGAUUUGUCACUAGGCUUAGGCUACCUGCUCCUACUUCUCCAUCUCCAUCUCAAUUUUUCCAAACGUAAAUUACAAAGAAGAUGAGAGUACGGGACGUCAGCUAUGACGCCAUCAUGCUCCUCUCAUAUGCACUUACAAAUUCACUUCUCUCUUCAUUUCAUUUAACACCACCGCCUUCUCCUCUUCUUCCUCACACGUUAAUUAUUAUUAAUUAAUUGAAUUCAAGAACAUAGUAUGAGUAUAUGCUAAUUGCUAAGACACAACAAAACGUCUUCACUCUCCGCCACACUUUCGGCUUUCUAAGUCUACUACCUACAGAAUUUAAGUAACGAAGAGAAGGCCGAAAAAAUGGAGGGGUUUUGGAGCAUGUUCUGUGGGGAAGAAACAUGCAGCUAUGAUUUCAAGUUUUUGGUUGAUCCUUCCUCAUGCAUCAACCACUUCUUGAUAUCUUGCUUUGAUGUGUUGCUUCUUCUCAUGCUCCUAUUCAUUAUGAUCAAGAAGUUACCAUCCAAACCGUUACAUGGUCUAACAGGGUCACGAAGACUUUCAAAAUUGCAUCUAGUCUCUGCCAUAGCCAAUGGUGCUCUUGGCCUGGUGCAUUUGUGCUUAGGCAUUUGGGUUUUAGUGGAGAAUUUGAGGAAAACCAACACUUCUUUGCCUCUUGAUCUGUGGUUGCUAGAAUUCUUUCAAGGAUUGACAUGGUUGUCAGUCAGCAUAGCAAUAAAUCUUGGCCUAAAACAGCUUCAAAGACCAUGGUUAAGGAUGUUCUCUGUUCUUAUCUUUUUGGUUUCUGGCAUUUCCUGUGCUUUUUCCUUGUUUUAUGUAAUUGGUAGCAAAGACCUGUCCCUUAAGGUAGCUUUAGAUAUUCUAUCUUUCCCAGGGGCAAUAUUAUUGUUGCUUUGCACAUAUAAAUGCAGGGAAACUGACAUGGAACUUGAUGAAAGCCUUUACACUCCUUUGAAUGGUGAGUCCAACAAAAUUGGUUCUAUCAACAACGAUGCUCUAUAUGGAAGAGCUGGAUUCUUUAGUACCAUGUCAUUUUGGUGGAUGAAUCCUUUGAUGAAGAGGGGUAAAGAGAAAACACUUCAGGAAGAAGAUAUCCCAAAGUUGCGAGAGCAAGAUCAAGCAGAAAGUUGUUACUUGCUGUUUCUAGACCACUUGAACAGGAAGAAACAGAAUGAUCCCUCUUUGCAAUCAUCGAUUUUGUGGACUAUAGUUUUAUGCCACCGGAGAGAAAUUCUGAUAUCAGGAUUCUUUGCAUUGCUUAAGGUGAUUGCUAUUUCUGUUGGUCCACUGCUUCUGAAUUCCUUCAUACUGGUAGCUGAGGGCAAUGAAAGCUUCAAAUAUGAAGGUUUUGUAUUGGCCAUAUCACUUUUCUUUACGAAGGUCAUAGAAUCUUUAUCACAAAGGCAGUGGUACUUCCGAGCCAGACUGAUAGGUGUGAAAGUUAAAUCUCUGCUCACUGCAGCCAUUUAUAAAAAACAACUGAGGUUAUCAAAUUCUGCAAGAUUGAAUCAUUCUGGUGGUGAGAUCAUGAACUAUGUGACUGUGGAUGCUUAUAGAAUCGGAGAAUUUCCUUAUUGGUUUCACCAGACAUGGACGACUAGCGUCCAGCUAUGCAUCUCCUUGGUAAUACUUUUUCGCGCCGUCGGGCUAGCUACAAUUGCCUCCUUGGUGGUGAUAGUUUUCACUGUGCUUUGCAAUACUCCACUUGCAAAGUUGCAGCAUAAGUUUCAAAGCAAACUCAUGGUGGCACAAGAUGAGAGGUUGAAGGCUACUUCUGAGGCUCUUCUGAAUAUGAAGGUGCUGAAAUUGUAUGCAUGGGAAACCAACUUCAAGGAUUCUAUUGAAAGAUUGAGGAAUGUGGAGCUGAAAUGGUUGUCUGCAGUGCUAUUGCGCAAGGCCUACAACACCUUUCUCUUCUGGUCCUCACCUGUGUUGGUAUCCGCUGCUUCCUUUGGAGCUUGUUACUUUCUUAACGUUCCCCUGCAUGCUAACAAUGUCUUCACCUUUGUGGCAACUUUGCGCCUUGUUCAAGAUCCAAUUAGAACCAUUCCUGAUGUCAUUGGGGUGGUCAUUCAGGCCAGAGUUGCGUUUGCCCGGCUUGUAAAGUUCCUUGAGGCAUCUGAACUGCAAAAUGCAAAUGUCAAGAAGAAGAGUUUCAGCGACAACAUGAGGGGCUCCAUUUCAAUCAAGGCUGCUGACUUUUCAUGGGAAGAUAAUGCAUCAAAACCGACACUGCGAAAUAUCAACUUAGAGGUUAGGCCAGGGAAAAAGUUGGCUAUUUGUGGAGAGGUUGGAUCAGGAAAAUCAACACUGUUAGCAGCAAUUCUCAGAGAAGUUCCUAAUACUCAGGGAACUAUUGAAGUUUAUGGCAAAUUUGCCUAUGUUUCUCAAACAGCAUGGAUACAGACAGGUACAAUAAGGGAUAACAUAUUGUUUGGAUCAGCAAUGGAUACUCAAAAAUAUAGAGAAACUCUGCAUAGGUCUUCACUAAUAAAGGACCUUGAGUUGUUUCCCCAUGGUGAUCUCACUGAGAUAGGGGAGAGAGGGGUUAACCUGAGUGGAGGCCAGAAGCAACGGAUUCAGCUCGCUCGUGCUCUUUACCAGAAUGCUGAUAUAUACCUCUUGGAUGAUCCAUUCAGUGCUGUUGAUGCACAUACUGCCACAAAUCUGUUUAAUGUAAUGACAAAUUCCUUUUGUUACAUACUGCAUUUAAUUUCUCUAGUGUUGUUUACUUUCUCUUUACUGAAGGAUUUAUUUGGAACUUUGCAGGAAUACAUCAUGCAAGGACUUGCAGGAAAGACAGUUUUGCUUGUCACUCAUCAAGUUGACUUUCUUCCUGCAUUUGAUUCUGUUUUGUUGAUGUCAGAUGGUGAAAUCCUACAAGCUGCUCCUUAUCAUGAUCUUUUGGCCUCAAGUCAAGAAUUUCAGGACCUUGUCAGUGCUCACAAAGAGACUGCUGGUUCUGACCGGCUUAUGGAUGUUACUUCUUCCCAGAGAAAUUCUAAUUCUGCAGUAGAGAUUAGGAAAACUUAUGUGGAGAAGCAGUUUGAUGCAUCAAAAGGAGAUCAGCUAAUCAAGGAAGAAGAGAGAGAGAAAGGAAACCAAGGCUUCCGGCCUUACUUACAGUAUCUGAAUCAGAACAAAGGAUAUGUGUACUUCUCUGUGGCUGUCAUUUCUCAGAUUACAUUUGUGAUUGGUCAGAUAUCGCAAAACUCAUGGAUGGCUGCCAAUGUUGACAAUCCUCAUGUCAGCACUUUGAAAUUGAUUUUAGUGUACUUGUUGAUUGGAUUUACUUCAACAUUAUUCUUGUUGGUGAGAAGUCUUCUUACAGUUGCUAUGGGACUUCAGUCAUCAAAAUCAUUAUUUCUACAGCUUCUGAAUUCUCUCUUUCGCGCACCAAUGGCAUUUUAUGACUCCACCCCCUUGGGACGGAUACUUAGCAGGGUUUCUGGGGAUCUCAGCAUUGUUGAUCUUGAUGUCCCAUUUGGCCUUCUUUUUGCUGUUGCAGCUACUUCUAACUGUUAUGCUAAUCUUACAGUCUUAGCAGUUGUUACUUGGCAAGUCUUGUUUGUCUCUAUACCGAUGAUUAUUUUUGCAAUUCGCUUGCAGAGAUAUUACUUUGCUACUGCGAAAGAAUUGAUGCGGCUCAAUGGCACAACAAAAUCCUAUGUAGCUAAUCAUCUAGCUGAAUCUGUAGCUGGAGCUGUGACAAUAAGGGCUUUUGAGGAGGAAGAUCGUUUUUUUGCAAAAAAUCUUCAUUUGAUUGAUGUCAAUGCUAGUCCUUUUUUCCAUACUUUUGCAGCAAAUGAGUGGUUCAUUCAGCGGUUGGAAACAGUCAGUGCAGUUGUUCUUGCAUCUGCAGCACUUUGCAUGGUUGUACUUCCCUCUGGAACUUUCACAUCUGGUUUUAUUGGCAUGGCUCUCUCAUAUGGCCUUACACUUAAUGCUUCACUAGUAUUUUCAAUUCAAAAUCAGUGCAACAUAGAAAAUUACAUAAUAUCAGUGGAGAGGCUUAAUCAAUAUAUGCAUAUACCAAGUGAGGCUCCAGAAAUUAUAGAAGGAAAUCGUCCUCCAACAAAUUGGCCACUUGAGGGAAAAGUGGAAAUUCAUGAUUUGCAGAUUCGAUAUAGACCUGAUGCACCUCUUGUACUCCGUGGAAUCACAUGCACAUUUGAAGGAGGACACAAGAUUGGUAUUGUUGGCAGGACAGGUAGUGGAAAGUCGACACUAAUAGGCGCUUUAUUCCGGCUUGUGGAGCCGGCCGGUGGAGAGAUCAUAGUUGAUGGUAUUAAUAUUAGUUCCAUUGGACUUCAUGAUUUGAGGUCACGUUUUGGCAUCAUACCUCAGGAUCCUACUCUUUUCAAUGGAACAGUCAGAUACAAUAUGGACCCCUUAUCGCAAUACACUGAUCAAGAGAUUUGGGAGGUUCUUGCGAAGUGUCAAUUGCGAGAGGCUGUCCAAGAGAAAGAAGAGGGAUUAGAUUCCUCAGUUGUUGAAGCCGGAGCGAAUUGGAGUAUGGGACAAAGGCAGUUGUUUUGUCUGGGGCGCGCACUUCUAAGGAGAAGUCAGAUAUUAGUGCUGGAUGAAGCAACUGCAUCAAUUGACAAUGCAACUGAUUUGAUUCUGCAGAAAACCAUUAGGACUGAAUUUGCAGAUUGUACUGUAAUCACAGUAGCUCACAGGAUACCAACUGUGAUGGAUUGCACCAAGGUUCUUGCCAUCAGUGAUGGAAAACUGGUAGAGUAUGAUGAGCCAAUGAACUUGAUGAAGAGGGAAGGAUCACUUUUUGGGCAGCUUGUUAAGGAAUAUUGGUCUCAUUUUCAGUCAGCAGAAUCACAUUGAAGUUGAAAGACCAUUUUUUCUUUUUUGCAAGUUAGCACUUCUGAUUCUUUCUAAGGCAUUGACAAGAAGCAACGAAAAAUGUAGUUAGAAUUUAGAAGUAGAGAAAAGUGUAUUAUACUUGGACCAAGUCUGAGGUCCGUUAAAUGGGAAUCAAAUGUAACACUUGAUGAUGAUGUUAAGGAUCAUGUCAUUGCCAAUUAAGUUGGCAUGUAUAUCACUAUAUGUUAAUAAUUGAUACAACAUUUUGAAGUGAUCU